AUGACACUUUGGACGUUGUCAAUUGUCAAUCGCGUGAAUUCGCUCACCACCACAGCCACACUUGGCGACGUCAUUCUGCUUCGAAAUGAGCUCGCGAGGCAAUCUGGCAUUUGGAGUUUCAGUCUUGCCACCUACUCCCGAUUUCCUGCUGUCAUUUCCCGCAAGGGCCCAUUGGAGCCGGUCACCUUUGGCAUCUGUCGAUCAACAGGCGUGCUGUGUCAGUGGUUGCGUCAGCUUGAAAUGAUUUACGACGAAGACGUCUCAGACGAUCUCAUCUACACCGAAAAUAUUGGUUGUGAAUGCACAGUUUUCGCUUACUUCCCAUCCUUCUUCCUAACUUCUUACGCGGUAAUACCCGUCGUGUCGUCAGGAGGUACUACGAUUACCAUGAUUGAAGAUGCUCUUGAUGUUGGGUUACAAUUGCCCCUUUCUGACCUACAGGGACACUAA